AUGGAUAAUCAAGUACUGAAUCAACCAACCGAAUCGACUCAACAAGUUCAGCCGCAAUCUUCUGCGAGAGAUCAGCAAAUCGAUCCCAACUUACCAAACCAACAAGGCUCUGACAUCCGACCUGAUAUCCGACCUGGGCGGCAACGGGUCAAACGUGCAUGUCAACCUUGCAAAUCGAGAAAGAAGCGUUGUGAUGGAUCGGAGCCUUGCGCUACCUGUAUUCGAUACGGCUACGAAUGCCAUUAUGAGCUCGGUCCGAGGAAACGGAGAAGACACACGUUGAAAGAUCACGACACGGAUGUUUCGCAAAGUCAUAGUUCACCGGACGCGAGCAUUCACCAUCGAGACGAGCGGGAGAGAGCAGAUAGUGAAAGUGCUCAUGUCCCUCAUACCAGUGGCGCUAAAGAUACAAAUCUGUGGGGGAAAGCAUUCGCGGCUUCUUUGGCCUUGAAAUUGGAUGCGGGGAAGUUGAGUAAACCGCAUUUGGCGUGGAAUUUGGGUCUGAAGGAUGAACAAUCUUAUGCUCAACCGCCGAUCACGAGAGUGAUAGGGCAAGCUGAGAUGCAGAGACUUGCGAAUCAUUAUUUCGACACGACGCAUCAAAUCUUUGGUAUUUUCAAAAGAGAUCUAUUUGAUCGGAAGAUUGUGGAGAGAUGGGGAUUAUUAAAUCUCGAAAACUCUGAUCCGCAUGAUCCCAUCUUGUGUGGUGUGGCAGCAUUGGGAUCUUUGUUUUCGGGUGGCAAUCCAAGUCCAGCAGAGGCACAGUUGGUAGAAUUAGCAAAGAUGGCGUUGGAAACAACGAGUGUGUUGAAUUAUCCUUCUCGACAUCAUGUGGUAGCAUGGGUAUUGCGGACACUUUUCUUGAGAUGUACGGCUUGUCCUCAUGCUGCAUGGAUCGCCAGUUGUACAACAAUGCACAUUAUUGAGAGUGUAGGAAUGGAGGAUGAUUCGGAUAACAGCAGUAACGACGCGGACCACGAGAGAGGAAUCGGUUGUGGAGUGUUAAAUAUGCAGAGAUUGUUCUGGAUUUCUCGACUGAUGAAUUCAUGGGUUGCAAACGAUUAUGGUCGAUCCAAAGUUACGGUGAAAAUACCUACCCCUCCUUUUCCCGCGCCCGAAAGUGAAUCCGACAUCACGCUUGAUUAUCUCAGCUUGUUUCAAGUAUCGGAACGUCUAGAUCAGGAUGUGGAUCAUACAGCCGCAGAAUUCGAAGCAGGUAUAGAAUCGAUCUACCGAUUUCAUGCUCGAUCAGACGGAGCAAUCCUUUCACAAACAAACUUGGUAUUAGGAUUGUACCGCCGUUUGCGUCUCCUCGCCUCGACGAUAUCACCUGAUACCAUUUCUCAGGUCAUAUCCAUUGGCAUGAAAGGCUUAGGAUCCGUAAUGAGAAUGGUAGAGAGUCGCCAGCCUUGGUGGCACGUUGCCAAUAUCCCUUUCCAAUUCGUCUGCAUUCUCCUCGUCAUCGAUACCCCCGAAUCUCUCUCACAUAUCGGCGAAGCUCUCGAGACUCUCGAUGCCGUAUCCCGCUGUUUCACCACGCGGUCACUUACAGAAUCGGCAGCAACCGCUCGAACGCUAGUAGAGUUAUCUCAAAAGAGAAAACAGGAAGAAAUUAAUAUUUUGGGUCAGGGUCUCAAGACCAGAUUGGAACCAAUGCAGACGAACCAAUUGCCAAUUCCGAAUUUGAAUCCCGUACAGGUGAUGCUGGCGCCGACGAUGAUGGGAAAUGCAAAUGUGAAUGGGAAUGGGAAUGGCAUGGUACCCGGGAUACCGAAUAUUGGUUCGAUGGAUUUCACGGGGUUUGAUUGGGAUUCGUUUUUGAGUAUGGAUAUUCCCGUGUUGGAUGCGACGGCGAUGCUUUGA